AUGGAAACACGAGCGCUGCAGCAGAAGAAGAUAUUUACCAACUGGGUGAACGCCCAACUCGAAUUAGCGGAUCGCAACACGUUCGAAGAGCCCUUUUUAAAUGGGAAUUACGGCGACGACUUCAGCGGCGACUUACUUGAAACUCGGCUUGCAUUGAUCUUCAAGGGACGCCAAACCCUGCAGAGAGUCACCGACCUUUACAGCGAUCUCUCCGAUGGUCGUGUUCUUCUGCGCCUGCUAGAGAUCUUCACAGGGCGAAGAAUCACUUUCUCGCGUGGAAGCAUGCGCGUGCAUUCAUUGGAGAACGUUGGCAAAGUCCUUGACCAUAUGAAGAAGAUGCACAUCCAUCCGGAGAACAUCGGACCAGUUGACAUUGUGGAUGGUAACACAAACCUCAUCCUGGGUCUGGUAUGGACAUUCAUCCUCAACUUCCAGCUUGGUCAGCACCCGCUAACGCGCCAACUAAACACGGAGUCGUCGUUUGAAAUGAAGAAUGCCCUUCUUCGAUGGUGUCAGCUGAAGACGGCUGUUUACCCCCAGGUCAGUGCUCAAAUGAGACACCGCCCGGAUCUCGUAAAUCUUGACUCCCUCCUCUCACCCACUGCGUCUCCUAUCGACCGCCUUUCCACGGUGUUCACACAGGCCGAGAGGUUCUUACGAAUCCCCAUGAUCGUCUGUCCAUCCGAUUUCAUUGCCUGUUGCGUGGACGAAUGUUGCGUCGUGGCGGUCGUGGCGACGUGGUACCAUCGACUGAAUCAGGACCGAGCCGUCAAGCUAUCUUCCAAUCGGCUGGCGUCUGUGUUGGACAGAGCAGUGGCUACCGGAAGAAAGCUGAUGGCCUUCGUGCAAGACGUCUAUUGGCUACGAAAAUGGAUUAAAAAGAGCAUUGAUUUCCUUGAUAAACUCGGAAUUGGGAUUGAGGACGAAUCAGGCAACCCAUGUACAGUUCAACCUGAAGAUGGUUUGCAACAGUUGAGGCUCUGGAGGCAGGAAGAGAAACGCGAAAAGUUGACAGAACUCGAGCAGAUCGAGUUGAAUUGGAUAAACCUGAAGACGGAAUGCAUCGCACGAGGUUAUCGUCCACCUGCGCCGCCUCCAGGAUUUGACGUCUCUGUCGUACAAACUGUCUGGUCGCAAUUGGAGACAGCUGAGACAAGGUGUGAAAGGAGGAUCAAACAAAGUCUAGACAGGCUGGCCCAGGAGAAAUACUUAAAGGCCAAAUUUCGCAAAAAAGUCGAAUUUCAUACCUACUGGCUGCUUGAAUGCGAUCAGUUGAUUGAUGUGGCUACGCGAUCCGAUACGCUGGGCAUUCGAACGGGUUCGCGAGUCCUGCGCAAAACAAAUUGCAUCUCGACAAGGCUUCUGCAUCAUCAGAAAUGCCUUUUCCUGACCAGUUGCCGCAAGAACGCGGCGAUGGCAGUCGACGCAGAAACCCAUCACAUGCAGAAAAUGCACCUUCUCAAACGCCUUCAGCCCCGCGAUCAAGCACUGCGUCAAAUCGAAAAACGUUGGAGUGCUGUUCAGGCGAAAUUCACGCGACGCCAGACAAUGCUGUCACAGCGUUGCGCGACUCUCGACUUGCUGAUGGAAGUCAUCAGUUCAACAGAGGAAUUGGACAAGAUUUGGGAGGCUGUUGCGAAGGGCCAGGUGGACAGGAAUGUGCUAGCUAUUUGGGAAAGCCGGGUGGAUGUGGCGAGUGAAAAGGUUUCCAAAUUGCUACUUAAUGUGGACUCAUUUACACACACGGGAUCCGACGAGGCUGUAGGCCGUGUUUUUGCAAGGUUUUGGGCUGCAAACCUCACUCUACGUGCCGCAAUCGUAUUGUAUAAAGGAUUCUAUUCCAAGAAAGAACAACUUUCCUUGCUGUCUGGCAGACUGUGUCGGAGUUUGGCCACACUUAAAGAUCAAUGCAAGUAUGUGUACGAACUUUCACAAUCCUUAGAAAUCGCUCAAAAUCAACUGUUUGUGGCCGGCAGAGUUGAUACAAUUCGAGUAGUCGAGAGCAAGUUCAAACAGCUGGCAAAGGACAUGGAAUGCCAAGCCGUUGAAUGCAAUCUUCCUGAAUGCCUGUCAGACAUUGAUGAUCCAAAAGUUGAAAUUCAGCCUCUUGUGCGCAGGGAAAAGUGCGAAAUUUCACCAACGCCAGUGAAACGGUGCCAAAGCCUUGUGGUUCUUCCAAGCCCCAUGCCAGAUUUACUUGAUUUUUGCUCCCUACGCAAGAAACGAAUGCUUAUAACCGAAAAUUUUCAUCAGUAUUUCGAAUUUACCGAUGGAUUGAAGCCUAAUUUCUUUCGAAUCCUUAAGCAAAACCUGAACGAGACCCUCGUUCGUGAGAAAACGGACUUGGUAUGGAAACGGGAAGCUUUUGCUAUCGAGUUUUUCAAAUUACAAGCAGAACUCGCCAAACAACGCGAGAUAAUUCGGGUUUUCUUAGCAGCUUCAGCAGUUCAGGUGGAAGUGAAUGAAGUAGCUGAGUGGAUUAGACAGAUAAAGACCUUUUUCGCCUCGAUACCAAUUCCAGAUCUCCUGACGACACUUCUCAAAUUCGCAGACUUUUCGACAGAGCCCUGGUGGAGGGACCUACUCACCUCCAACACACUCUUCACGCAAUCCGUUCAACUCCAAUCACGCAUUCGAAGAAAAAUCUGGAUUCUUCGACGAAUUGACGAGUUAAAAACGACCCUGAAGGCACUUGAAGAAGAGUUUGCAUCGAAUUCUGAAGCAACAAUGGAUGAACUAGACCCACUUCAGUCCGUUGUUACUCAUCAACUUACGUGUUCCAAGGACCUAGUUAUUGAAUCCACCGGCUGCACCCAUGAGCUAGUUGAUCAGAUUCAGGAGGCGCUUAGAACAGAGAUGUUGAUGCUUCAGCAAGAACUUGACGACAUACUCCAGACAACAACUGAACGCAGGCGACAACUCUUACUUGAGAAUGAAAAUCUCCACGCAAUACAAAUCUGCGUCGACUUACACGCUUGGAUAAUACGAAGUCAAAAAUAUUUAUCAGGAAUGGAGUCCCCAUUUUUGUGUGGACUUGACUUGAAGUCAGCGACAACCGAGGCUGUUCCUUCUCUGCUGCCGACAUCUAAAGAGCCAUUUUUGGCAGUGAUAGAAAAGGAAAUUCAUCUACACACCCAAGAAAGCCUUCCAGUUAUCCAACACCUCGAAAACGCAAUCAACCAAUCGGACGUUGAGGCCACAUGGAAUGGUCUGCUUGAGCAUGUGUACGACGCUUGGAACGACCUCAUUUUGUCGGCCAAAAUGAAGCGUCUGUCAGUUGACACCGCAGAAAAACUUCACCAGGUACAAUCUGAGGUCGCAAGCACUCGUCAGUGGGUGAGGAACAAGAAAGAACUCCUUCUUAGCACAGCCGAAACCAAAAACAGCAUGGGUGAAAUGAUCCGCAUGGAGUGUCGCAUGGCCGGCUGGGAGACGGAUUUGAAUGCACUGCGGGAUCAGGUUAGCCACGUGUUUGCGGAAACCAGCAGUCUUCGCGUCGCUCUGGACGAACUUUCCUCCGCUUCGGACACGGAUUCAGAGAAAUCCGGCGACCUGAGGCAGGCGAACGCUGCUCUGGAAUCGUGGGUCCUGGAAUUGCAGGCAGACUGGGGGCAAUUUGAGGGAUUGCUUGAAGAGUACCAAAAGCGUUUGGAGGCUUCUUUGGCCUUUCAAGGCAUGCUGCAGGACUUGGAGGCGACAAAUCUGAUGCUCGUAACAAAGCAGAAUACAAUUGCGGCGCUGGAGCCGCCAACAUCUAUUGCCGAAACCGACGACCAACUUAACGUCUUCAAGUCGAUUGCUUCAGAGCUAGACGCCUCCAAGGAGAAGUUAGAAGAGCUGCUUAGACACGGAAACGAGCUCAUUCUUAGCCAGGAGGAAGCUGUAGCGAAUGCUGUCAAAGAGAAGUUACAUGGUCUUUCACAUGGCUGGUCAGAUCUGGAGAUUCUUUGUAAGCAUCACAUUGGUAAUCUGCUUCACCAACGUGACAUUCAGGUUUUUCUACGAGAUAUGGAGGCCUUGAAUGCGUCACUUCGUCGCAAGGAAAACCAAAUCGUCCAAACAGACUACCUUCCCACCAUCGAUCACAUUAGAUGCAACAUAAAAACACAGCGACAAGUUCUCGCCUCGAUUGAAUCGCUUGGUGAUCAAAUGAAGUCGCUGCAAUCAACUGUACACUUGCACGAAUUCGGUGAAAAGUACACUGCAAAGGUGGAGGCGGUAAUGAGCAGGCAAGCACACAAUUUUGUCAAUCAUCGCAUAAAACCGAGCUCGCUACCAUGGCAACUAAGAUACAUCAAACUUCAAGAUAAAGCAGCAAAAGUUCUUCACUUGCUUGAAUUCCGAUUGGCGGAGAAGGAAAAAUUGCACCAACUCGAAAGUAUGGAGGAGUGGAUUCUGGAACGCCAGGCUGCUGUUACUGCGCAUUUCGUUACCGUGGAGACUGUUGUAAAGGAGCAAAAGGCAAUCCAGAAGUACCAUUUGUUUCGGAAUUUCGAGGCAGAAGUAAAGAGCUACGGCAAACUGGCCAACAAGAUUUUUCAGAGUGUCCAAAAUACUAUAAUUGGGAACGAAGGAUACGUCUCCAAUCUGCAAGAAUCGCUGGACAGGAAUAUGAAGCUAUGGAAUGAGCUUAACACCACUUUAACCAUGCAAGGCAGCAAGUUGGUCGAGGUUUACCGAGCUAUCAUAAUCUCGGAGGGGUGUGAAGAACUGCUAGAAUGGCUGCAGAAGGCAUCGGUACGAAUCUUUGCUCUCCAGAACCGCCACUACCUGAAAGAGGGCGACGUACGCCAGACAGAACUGUCGUCUUUGUUGUCCGCUUCAAUGCCCUGCCUUUUCGAUGUAGCUACUCGCGGUGACACAACUUCGUGCCUCCCACAGCAUGCAGUCUCUCACAGCAACAUCCACCUCCUGAUUCCCAGCUCAAAGGAUUCUGGCGAUAACUUUGACCUGAGUGCACUGAACUCGGCUCUGUCGAAGAUUGAUGAGUUGAAAGUGCAGACGAAGUGUAAAUUCGGUUUUCUGCAGGAACUAGAGCAACAUUUCCAAUUUCUGGUGGAGAAUACGGACAAGUUUGCAGAGCACGAGGCGAAAUUGAAACUCGUCAAAUCCCAGUUUUUUAAGGUGGAAAACAGAUUGACCAGGUGUUUUGCGACUGUUUCAGCACAGCAACGAGUUAUCAAUGCACUUCGAACCCUCGUUGAUGAAAUUCAGUGGCUUAAACAGAAGAGGGCUAAAAUUAACAUUGAGAAUACCGGACCGUCGCUGUUGGAGGCACAGAAGUUGCUCAUUCGUCAUCAGCUCCUGACCAAUGAGGUUAAGAACCGCAAGCUGAGAAACGAACCACUCCUUAAGAUCGUCACAGUUUGGAUUCAACUCGUAACGACGAUGCGAGCCUAUAAAAAUCGUGAACCUGAGAGUCACGACGAAUACUGCGCAGCAUUCUUAUCAGUUCAGCCAGGUUUGUGGAGGGAGCUCUUUGCCAAGUCGAGCGAACUGGUCUUUUGUCAAGCUGUGGUUCAGCGAGACACCGCGGUUCGUCUAGCCGUGCUCCGUCAUUGGCACGCCUGGUUCAACCAGCAAAUGGACCUUCUGGAAUUGUACAACUGGCUCACUGAGACCGAGUCGACGGUGAUGGCGGAAUCACACGCUGCCAGGGGCCUAGCAUCCGCGAACGCAGCCAUCAAGAAACACUCGAUUGUGGAGGCAAUUGUGUCGGAAUUUCAAGCGCCAAGAUUGCGAUUUUUGGGGUCCCGCACAGCUGUCCUGCUCUCCGCAAUUGCCGAAAUGAUCUUGGUGGAGAAGGAAAAAUUAACUCGAUGUCUUGAGGCCUCUGUGUUGAUUACCAAGGCAUCGAAAGCUGCUGGAGCCAAGGCCUACCGACACAAACUUCGACGUCGAAUUCACAUGCUUGAGCGUUCGGCUACCAAGCUCAAAGCCACCCAAGCGUCGGUUCAAAAGCAGUUCACAGACCUCCGUGACCUUGUGAUGGAAAAGAAGCACCGCCUCUACGAACUCCUGGCACUCAACAGACUCUACAAAGAAGUCAGUGAUUUGGAGGACUGGAUUUGGAGCAGAACUCAUGAGGUGCUCACUGACAACACAGGACGCGACCUUGACGAGUGCGCACGUCUGCAACGCGACUUCCUCGACCUCCAUCGGAGCAUCAUUGGCGAUGGAACCACAGACCAAGAGAUUGAACAUACCCUUACACACGCACCGACGACAGCACCCGACUUCGCUACCAUUGGUCAACUGCCAGCACUGCCGGACAGCCCAGAGAGGCUGGUGCGCGCGAUCACGGUGUGUCGACAGAUGAUCUUGCUGAAGCACUCCGACUCGCCGCAGAUUGCCCAAUGGCAGGAUCGACUGAUUGAGGAUUGGUGUGAGUUGCGGGAACUACUGAAAACGCGAGGCGAACUACUUCAGGCCGCUGGAAAUCGGUUGCUAUUUCUUCAGCGAUGUGAGGGAGUAAUUAUGGACCUUAACGACAAAAUUAACAGUUUUCCCACUGUUCUGGGAGCAGACUUGAAGACCCUCGACCGUCAACAGCGUCAACAGAUCGACCUUCAACAGUCGAUUGUACCCAUUUCAAGGAGGGUUAACUGGGUGGUUCGUGCAGCCAACGUUCUACUCCCACGCUAUGCUGACACCCACGCGGCCGAAAUCCAAACUCGGAAAGUGAGAAUGCUGGAGACGUGGUACAAGUUGAACGAGACCAUCGACACUCGCUCGCGAAUGCUCCAGGACGCUGAGACGCUCUGCAAGUGGCUAGCCGGCUUGCACCACAGCUUGAACUGGAUCGCUUCCACCCACGAACUGAUCAAGGCCUCCAGGGAGUUCGAGUUUACUGGACUAGGGAGCAGUAAUGAUGGACAAAGCCUUCAACACAAUUUGGCAAAGCUGAGUGCUCAACACGGCGAACUGUGGAACGAGAUCUGCGCGUGGGAGUCGUGCAUUCAGCUCCAGUGUGAGGAAGGCGCCUCAGCCGGUUGUCAAUUUGCCCUCGAAGGUGGCGAAUACGACACAGCACCGACGUUUAUUGGUGUCCACAAGAUGCUCAACCAAACCACCCACCAGCUGCAAGCUGAUUGGUCCGGUGGCUCGACCUUGGGUGACGUGUCAAGUGGGAUACGCGAGGCCUCACUCGUGACCUUGACACGCUCGCAGCCACCCCUUCCGUCGCAGGUUUUGAAAUGUGGUGCGACUUUACUGCUGAUCAAUUUCUGUCAACUAAAAGUCACCUGGAGGCGUUACUGGAAGCAUCUUGAUGCCUUGACAGCCAAAUUGAGUCUAUUAAGGGAUCUUAGGAACCUGGAAACUUGGAUAUCUACAACAGAAAAGCAACUUAGUGCGGACGAAUUGGGGUCCAGUUUGGAGGAGACCCUUGCUCUCACAGAAGAGCACCAAAAGUUCUCGCGGUUCGUGGCUCUCCAAGGCGAGAAGUGCAAGCGUCUGGCGCAAUUCGAGCUGGCACAGCUCAAUGAGUUAGACCCGGAAUGGGAAGUAGCUAUGGAGAGUCAGUUGGUGGAGAAUCUGAAGCAACUUAACAUUUUACCGGAAGUCCAAGUGUCGCCUGAAAUAACUCCCACCAACGUAGACGUUGUGGAGGAACAGGAAGAAGGCAAUUUGACUGAAGAAGAAUCGUUCGAAAGAGUCGAGGGAGUACUUUACCGGAAAAUCGAGGGCCACCACCUGCCUAACCGUGUCAAGGACACUCAUCGUUGGCAAAAGUGCUUCGCGGUAUUAAAUCCUCUCACAAAAGCCCUCCAUUUGCUAGAUAUUACAGCUACUCCACAAGCUAAAAGACGUUGGAUAACCGAAAAUUUUGAGAAGGACACCAAUGUGCCCCUGAGCUGCCACAUGACAACGAGAUUUGUGGAGGGCAAGGGAGACAAUACGUGUGCCUUCAAGGUCCACCACCAGGUGACGAAUGAAUGCCACGUCUUCCGGGCCAAAACGAGAUCACAGGCGGAGAAAUGGGUCUUUUGCAUUAAUGAAGCCUGCUCCAAGUUGAACGGUACCACCGACUUGGAGCAAGAAGUGAUGGAAAGUAAGGCGAUAGAGGCACAGCUUCCAUUUGAUCCAGCUCCUCCAGAGCAGAAACAGCAGGCCACCACAUGUCUGCCCAUCCGCCGUCUCAUCACCAAACACGGUGGUGGAAGAAAAAGAAGAAUGCGCAUGCUUUCCGGAUCGUCGAACUCCACCAACGAGUUCGAUGGAAUGGGCAUCAAGGGCCUGAGUCCUACCUCCCUUUUGCCAUCCUUGGGUCUGGCAACGUUAGGUACGGGUCCGCAUUCCAGAGCAAUGGUGGCCUUGACGUUCCCACUGCGCGCUCUGCGCAGGCGUAUCAGGCACUCCAAUCUGGCCCCAUCGGUCUCCCACAGUUCGCCCUCCAGCAACGAUGGUGACAUUAGUGAAGACAUCAGCGACGUGUCACUGACAGACCCCAGAACUGAGACAAAGUAUGACCAAGAUGAAACUGACAUUGACGCUGUGGAUGAAUUCUCCUGA